AUUAUAUGUUCUGGUAGCAGCAUUAUUGUGUUUUGUGCUCUGUAAUCCGGAUGCGAGAGAGCGAGAGAGGGAGAGAAUGGAAAUUAAGGAGGAAGCAGAAGAUGAUGGAGCCCCGCCCGGGUGUCAGUCAAAUCCUACUGUAAAAGUAGAAGAAGAAGAAGAAGAAGAAGAAGAAACUAUUGAUGAAGACGAUGGACCACCACCCGGUUUCCAUUCUACCGGUUUCCAUUCAAUUCCUAGAAAAAGCGAAGAAGACGAUGAACAAGAAGAAGACGGACCCCCGCCCGGUUUCCAAUCGAUUCCUAUCAUUAAACAAGAAGACGAAAAAGAAGAAGAAAACGGAGCUACACCCGGUUUUCAAUCCCCAGUUAUUGUGAAGCCGGAGGAAGAGGAACUCGGAGUUCCACCCAGUUUCCAAUCAUCAACUCUUGUGAAGCCAGAGGAAGAGGAACUUGGAGCUCCACCCGGUUUCCAAUCACCAGUUCUUGUGAAGCCGAAGGAAGAGGAACUGGGAGCCCAACCGGGUUGCCAAUCAGUACCAGAAGUAGAAGCUGAUGACGGACCCCCACCCGGUUGGGAUUCGGGUCGUCCAAAUCAAGAACAAGAAGAAGCUUCUGACCAAGCCCCACCCGAUUGUGAAGCCACCACUCCGCCCCAGCCUGCAGCGCCGCCUCCACUACCGCCGGCGCCAGCUGCUGCAGCUCCUUCUGAAACAGCUCAAAUGGUUUGUGGUUCAUGUAGGCAGCUGCUUUUCUAUCCUCGAGGAGCCAGAUUCGUUCAAUGCUCACCUUGUCAGACAGUUAAUCUUGUUCUAGAAGAAAAUCAAGUUGGACAAGUGAAGUGUGAGGGUUGUGCAGUGCUGCUGAUGUACCCUUAUGGAGCACAAUCAGUUAGAUGCGCAUCUUGCCGUGUUGUGACCAAUAUUGGACGUGUCCUUGCAGCAAAAAUUGAAUCAAUUUACGCGAUACCGUACGUGUAAUUGACCACAUUAAUGUUCUCUAAAUUUCUGAACGUCAAAGUUUGUUGAUGUAUCCUCGUACUUACCAGCAAUUUCGGAGAAGUACACAGUGAAAGAAGGAAUCUUAUGAAGAAACCUUCAAUCAUCGAGCAGGAAAUACUCCUCCGAUGCAGUUUCCAGGAAAGAACCCAAAGUCCUCCUCAAAACGUUGAAGGUUUUGUCAUCCUAUAUUCCAGAACGGUAAGUUACAUAAAACAUACAAGGUAAAUUUACUGACUCCCUCUGAUUUUUGAGUCAUUUGUGAAAGCACUUUCUAUCAUUGACUUUUAGCAUUUUGGAUUCCCAUGAUUAGUUUUUUUAAGCACAAUAUUAACUCAAUGAAAGGGAGUGUUUUGAAUAAAUAAAUAAAUCAUGCUGACCUGAAGUACUAAAGGACUGUUUUUUUCAACUUUCAGUUUUUAAUUUUAAGUUUUGAAUUUAUUUUUAAUUUUAUAUUUUAAAUGCCUGUUUUGAUAUUGCUAAAAACGUAUUUUUUUUAUCUAUAAUUUUUUUUGCGUUUUAAAAUUUUCAAAUGUAUUUGUGAUAAAAAUAGUUAGAAUAUUUUUUUUUUAUUUUGAAUUUUUUUUAUAAAUUUUUUUCUUGUUUUUAAAAAUAUAAUAAACAUGUUUUUAUUAUUUUAAAAAAUUAAAAAUUAAAAACGGUCCAAAAAAAAAUAGUGAAGAGAAUAGGGUCUAAGCCAGUGGACUCCUUUUAAAAAUGGUCCAAAACAAGCGGUAAAGUGAAAUUUUCCCAAAAUUAGACCAAGGGGAGGAAGAUUGAAAAUUCAGAAGUCACCUGCUUCUUCUUCAGGGACGCUUCCAAUUCAGCUAUUUUGUUUGCGCAGGUUUUCUCAUGUUCAGAGAUCAUAUUCUUUUCUUUUUUCCCUGAAAUCAAGUUAUUUAGAUCUUGGCAGUGAAACUGUGUAUAGUUACAUGCCCAAAAAAAUAAAAAAUAAAACCUGUGUUUCGUUAUGAAAUGUAUGAAGAAAAUCUUGUUGCUUACUCUGUUGUU